AUGACUACCGGAGUCUUUCACUACAUCGACCCUACAUCAAGCACUGACGCCAACGGCGACAGAGUCAAGCCUUGGGCAAAGGUCGACGUCGACGUUUCUUCCUUCCAGCGCAAGCUCGUUAAGCGCGAAGUCGUCGACAUUCGCAGCGCAGCCAGUCUUAAAGCCUUCGACGUUGAUCUUUCUGGCUUCGACGUUUUCAAGUCCCCCGCCAAAGAAACUGAAUUCACUGAUGAAUCUGCGGUGAGAAAUGGUUACUACGCCGAGGUUGAUGCGCUUCUGAAGGAGAGGAUCCCGGCAAUCAAGAAAAUCGUCAUCUUUGAUCACACCAUCCGCAGGCGUGAAAAGACCAGCCCCAGACAGCCUGUCCAACAGGUCCACGUCGAUCAAACGCCCGGCGCGGCGGAAGCCCGUGUCCGACGUCACAUCGACCCGUCUGAGGCAGAAGAGCUUCUCAAGGGCCGCUACCAAAUCAUCAAUGUCUGGCGACCCAUCGGUCACCCCGCCACCGACUUUCCCCUCGCUGUGGUCGACUACCGAAGCACCAAGCCAGAGGACAUGAUCAAGGUCGAUCUUCUGUACCCCAACCGCGACGACAACGACGACGAUGAUCGUGGAAAGGAGGUCCUGCCUGACGAGGCGACCUUGAAGUCCACAGAGGGCUACUCUGUCAAGGGCGAGACAUACUCUGUUGCAGCGAAUCCCGAACACAAGCUCUACUACGCCAAGGAUAUGACCCCUGACGAGGUUAUGCUGAUCAAGUGCUUCGACUCCAAGAGUGAGGUUCAUGAGGGUGGGAAGCAUGGAAUCGCUGGAUAUACGCCCCAUACUGCAUUUGUGGACCCUAACACGCCAGAAGAUGCUCCUGGACGACAGAGCAUUGAGGUUCGAUGCUUGGUAUUCUACUAA